CGGCAGCAGGAAGCUGUAAGCUGCGGCGACUCGCAGAGGCGCGCUCCUGGCAGGGCUCGUCAUCCCAGACGCCUUGGUAUCGCCAGAUCUGCUGCCCCCCCCCCGCCCCCUUUCUCCCGCCCCAGUCCCCCGCCGCAGCUCUUGCUCGCGCCCCCGGCCCGGGUUCCUGCGCCCAUCUGGCCUCCUGCCCUCUCCCGCCUCUCAGACCCCCAGCUUGCUGGAAGGAAGGUCGCGGCAGCGGCCCGGCAGCACCGGCGACCGUGGCGACAGCUGCGGCAGCGGCGGCAGCGGUGGCGGCGGCUGCAGCGGCGGAGGCUGCGGCAGCGACCGUGGCAGAGGCGGUGGCGGAGGCCUCCGUGGCGGAGGCGGAAGCAGAGGUGCAGACCGAGGUGCAGGCCCACACCUCAGUGGAGGAGGCAGUGGUGGAGGCCAUCCCGGGGGAGGCGGCAGCCGCCCUGGCCGGGGAGGAGGCGGAGGCCGCUCUGGCGGCAGCAGCCGCGGUGGUGGCAGAGGCCAGCGCUGCAGAAGCCACUGCAGCAGCAGAGGCUGUGGCACCCCCCUUGAAGGAAGAGGGUGGGGAUGAGCAUGCAGAGGCGGAGGUGGCUGAGGCAGCGGCGGCUGCCGCCGCAAAUGCAGAGAGGGGCGGGAGUCCCAAGGAGAACCCGGACUUUCCAAUGGCCUCACUGUAUGUGGGAGACCUGCACCCUGAGGUGACAGAGGCAAUGUUGUACGAGAAGUUCAGCCCGGCAGGGCCUAUCCUCUCAAUCCGCCUCUGCAGAGACAAGAUCACCCACCGCUCCUUGGGCUACGCAUAUGUCAACUACCAGCAACCGGUGGACGCCAAGCGGGCCCUGGAGACCUUGAACUUUGAUGUCAUCAAAGGCAGGCCAGUGCGCAUCAUGUGGUCCCAGCGGGACCCUUCGCUGCGCAGGAGCGGGGUGGGCAACGUCUUCAUCAAGAACCUGGGCAAGGCCAUCGACAACAAGGCACUGUACGACAUCUUCUCGGCGUUUGGCGACAUCCUCUCUUGCAAAGUGGCCUGCGACGAAAGCGGGCCCAAGGGGUAUGGGUUCGUGCACUUUCAGAAGCAGGAAUCCGCUGAGCUUGCCAUUGAUAUGAUGAACGGCCAGUUCCUGAACUACCGCAAAAUUUUCGUUGGGAGAUUCAAAUCGCAUAAGGAACGAGAAGCUGAACGAGGAGCUUGGGCCAGGCAGCCCGCCAGUGUUAACUUCAAUGAUUUCGAGGAAGACCCCGACGAGGCCGCCUUCCGAUGAAGACAACCCAGGAGCGAGUCAGCCAGCAGAGCCAAACUUUGGCUCCCACCUGGCUUUACAGCCCCCUCUCUGCCCCCCUAACCCACCAGCAGUGUGUUGUAUUGAGAGUGCAGCUCCCUUCCCCCUCUCUCUCCCCCGUCUCCUUCUCCCUCUUCCUCUCC